AUGACAGGAGAUGGGUCAGCUGGGUUCUCCUCGGGCCCAUUCAUAUUGUUCCCAAAGCUGCAGCUACCCGAGAAGCAGCGAAAGCGCCACGGGAAGCGAUCUCCCGCGCUGGAUUCUCAGAAGAGAGAAAGGGCUUCCCGUCAUUCCCUGCGCGAGGGCGAAGCCUCUAGGGUCGGGCUCCAGUCCUCGCCGGCGUCCCCUUUUCCCUACCAGGACACCGUACGCCGCUGUAGCCAUGGGAACCUAAGAUCAGCUCCCAUGCCCUGGCCGCAGGCUACCUUUAACCGGGUGUUCGCCGAGUUGGCGCCACUAACCGAUAGGAUCCGGGAUGGCUUCUCGGGUGCUGCUGGGGAGACCCUGCCGAGCCUCAACAACCAUUUGCCCCUAUGCACGGCCCCGGCCUCGGCCCUGUCCUCAGCUCCACCCCAGGCCCCAAAUCCGCCCCGCGAGGUGCACGUGAGGGGCUCUGCAGAGAUGUCCUGCGUUCCCGACCGGGCCUUGGUUACGGUGAAGGUCAGCAGCACCAAGAACUCGGCAGCUGAGGCCAAGAACAGCGUGAGCCGCCGCCUGGACUACAUCACACAGAACCUGCAGAAGCCCGACGUACAGGCAGAAAAUAUAACUGUGACAAAGGAUAUUAGUAGAAUAGGAAAUGCUUAUCACAUGGAAGCAGAGGUCAGCAUUAUAUUCUCUGAAUUUGAAAAAAUGCAGAAUAUUUGUAACCUUUUCGUGGAAAAGCUAGAUAGUUCUGUUAUCAUCACUCCUCCUCAUUUUUACCAUACACCAGGAGCUAUUGAGAAUCUUAGACGUCAAGUUUGUCUCUGUGCUGUUGGAAAUGCGUGGCGAAAAGCUCAAGAAGUGUGUCAGCUUGUUGGUCAAUCACUUGGAAAACCUUUAUUAAUCAAAGAAGAGGAAAUAAAAGAAUGGGAAGGGCAAAUAGACAAUCAGCAAUUAUCUGACCUUACAAGUUCUCUAAGUAUGCAACAGAAAAUCCAAACUGCAACUGUAUAUGUUUUUUCCAGGGUAUUUUUAAACUUUGAGGUUAAGAAAAAGGAAAAGAAGAAAAAGAUGAUUUAAAAUUCUUUAUAACCAAGCAUUUUUUGGUUUUGUAUCUAAAUGCUCAAAAUCAUGAUUAAAUUUGUGUAAUUUAUAUAAAUUUGUUCUUUAUAUUAAAGUUAAUAUUUCAUAUAGAAUAGCAGGUUUUAUGUGAGCUAAAAAAUGGACCCUAUCAAUUUCCAGUGCAGUAUUAUCAUAAAUUAAUCUGCAUUGCUCUUAGCUUCUACACUACAAUCCUAAACCACCAAAACUAAAUACUUGAUAAAAUAUUAAAUGAACUUAAAAAUAACUGAAAAAUCAAUUAAAAACUAAGUAAUUCCAUUUUUGAAAAUUCACUGAUUAAUGCAUUUUCUUAAUAUGGAACAUACAUACACACUAUUAGACUUGAGUUUCAUGUUAAAGGGAUAGACAUUAUCACUUCAGGGAGAGCUUUUUCUUUUUUUAAAAUGUUAACCACAGUUAGGCUAAUAUGGCAACUAUGAAAGUGAGUAUAAGGUUGGAGUCAGGCUUAAAGAAUGGCAUAAGUGAACUCCUAUAGGAGGCACUACUAGCUUCAGUGAUAGGAAAGAGAAUGAUGCAAUAAGGUAGGUAAAGGAAUGUUUUCAAAACUUUGACUAUUUAAAUUGCAACAGUUGGGAGAUGAAACUAUACAUGUAGGGAUCGUUAAAACAAUUUUUACCAGACUGGAGGGACUAGGAUCAAGUAAGAGAAGAAAACAAAAAAACAAAACAAAAUGAAGUUUGUAUUUUAUAUAAAUGACUGAUGUGUAGUGAUUUUAGCUAUAAGAAUCAAUAAAUAUAUUUGAAGGAG